UAUAAAUGUCUCAAAUCACAUGUUAUUGUCCAUUAAAUUAUUUCUCUUUUUGCCUGCAGGGAUUUGUUGACAGAGAAACUACUCUUAUUGGAACAUUGACAGUCCGUGAAUUCCUCUACUACUCAGCAUAUAAAACAGUUUGUUGCUAUUGGAAACGCAAGAAUAGGUAUUAUUUCUCCACCCUCAAACUUGCUUCAAUUAAUGUGAUAUUUAUACUAUUGUUAGUUGAAGUUGCUCGCUUUAAAAUUUUAAAAAGAAAAAUAGUUUAUGUUUUGUGAAUAUUACAUUCUUGAUCAUCUUUAUUAUUAGACCAAAAGAACACUAAUUAUAUAAAAACAAAUAGCAUUUACGUCACAAAUAUAUAUUGUAUUAGUACAUCCUAGAUACUACAACAAUACAAUGACAAGUCUAGAAGAGCUCGAGAACCAGUGCCUACCAAUUAGCAAGUUGAAGAAAUAUGCAACAGAAUGGGUUAUUAAAGUCUUAGUCAUUCGUCGGAGUUUAACAAAAGAGUAUAAAAAUACAAAUGGUGAAGGUAUUCGUUGGCAACUGAUAUUAGUCGAUGAAGAGGGUACAAAAAUACAAACCACUCUUUUCAACAAAGAUGUUCAUGCAUGGAAUAAGUCUUUUCAACUUAAUCAAAGUUACUACAUUAUAAAUGGAAAAUUAAAUCGACCUAAACCAAACUUCUUAUCCGUACAUAAGGAGCUCGAACUAGCAUUUAUGAACAACACCGAGGUCGUUGAGGACAAAAGUCAUUUUAAGACUGAUCAAUUUUCAAAUGGAUUUAUUACAUUUGAUGAAGCUGAAAAAAUCACUAAUGGAAGUUUGUUUGAUGUGGUGUGUAUUUUACUCACAGUAAAAGCACUAACUGGAGAAGGACGAAGCAUUAGACGCGAAGUAAUCGUUACAAACGAAAGGUAUGAUCGAAAAGUCAUGACUUUAUGGGGAGACUUUGCUGAAAUCGAAGGUCAAAUGUUACAAAGCCUUGAAAGUGAAAAACCAGUUCUUGCCUUUUGUGAUGUAAAAUCAUCAAUUUAUCAAGGGGAUUUUGUCCUUUCCACAACUCCUGUUAGUAGUUUGCUUAUAAAUCCACAAUUUGAAAAAGCGAACAAUCUCCAAAAAUGGAAUGACAACAUGAAGGCAGAAAAGAUUGACAUAAGUCUAAUGCCAAGCAGACUGAUGCAAACUGCCCGUCAAGUGAAAAUUAGUAAUAUUUUAAAUGGUUCACUUGCCAUUGUGAAGGACAUGUACUAUAAGUUCAAUGCUACGGUUACUGACAUUGACAGUAACACCGACCCAUGGUAUCCUGGUUGCAACAAAUGCUACAAGCGAGUUACUGUUAUAAAUAGUGUUGCAACUUGUACCUACUGUAGAGCUGAAGAUGUUGAUUAUGAGGCGAGAUAUCGGUUAAAGAUUGAUGUCACUGCUGAGGAUCAAUUUCUAAGCAUUACAAUGUUUGAUGCUGCAAAAUACUAUUUUGGUUGUAACGUAAAAGAGUAUGUUCUCUCUACAUCUGAAAAGAAAGAACAAUCACCAUACUAUCGCAAGAUGGUAUUGAGUAAAGGGAAAGAAUUCAGUAUACUUGUUAAGAUUGAUCGUAAAUUCCCAGAUGUUGACACAAACAUGAAUGUGAUAGCUAUGGAGAUACAUGAGGUUUCCAAAAAAUUACCACCAGAUCAAACCAAGGUUAAAAUUCCAAUUACAAAACAAAGAAGCAAGAGGACGAAGAUACUAAGUGAUGAUGAAAAAAUGAAAGGAAUAGUUGCAGGCAUACCUCAUAUUGAAAAAGAUAUUGCAGCAGUUGAAACUGACAUUGAAAAUCCACACAAAAAAAAUACAUGCAAGAGGACUAACAACAUUAAGCAAGUCAUUGCAGAUGAUAAUCCACAGAAAUUGAGGAUACAUGAGGUAGAAAAACAUAUUGUACUAGAUGAAAGUGACGACGAAGCCCCACUAAUUCAACUACAAAGAAAAAGGACCAGGAAGGUUAAAGGAAAAAACAUCAUGCCCUAUCCGAUGGAAAAGAAGAUCAAAGAGGAAAAAAAUAAUAUAUAAUUGAUUUAAAGUUUCCUUAUUUUUAUCUACCAAUGCUUAUUAUCUCCCUAAUAUUUAAAAAUAACUUACAUUUUUUCACCAAGCAACUUCACCUAACAUCGCUUUUAUUUUUAGCUUACUUUCCUAUAUCCAUGAAUUUUGUU